AAAAGAUGACAGCAGGAAGUAAUUCCACUGUUUCCUUCACCUUUACGUUUGAAAAUAUGUGCAUGUGACUAAAGUGUAUGUACAUUGCGUACAUUAAAAAGGUCACGGUUUAAGUGGCAGUGACAGCAGGACGUUUGUCCCUCAUGCCUCCUCUGCCGGGCGCUGAGCUCGUCCGCACGCCUGUUCAGUUGUACCGCUAUCUGCUGCGCUGCUGUAAACUCCUGCCGUCAACUGCGAUGCAGAAACACUAUCAACAUGCAAUCCGACAGAGCUACAACAGUCAUGCAGAUGAGGACGACCCCGAAAGGGUACAGAUGAUCAUUCAAAGGGCAGUAUCUGAUGCUGACUGGAUAUUAAUUAAAUAUGCAAAAAAGAAGUGACUACCGUGAAGGAUGAGUGGAAUAAUUUAGGCACGAAACAAACUGAAAACUGACCAGAGGGAUAGUGAUGUCAAAGGGUAUACAUGCACAGGACCCCGAUGAAAGAGACUCUUAAAUGAAACCAGACACAAGUCAUAUAGAUCAAGACAUUUACAAGUACAAAAAACAUCUUUGAUGCCUUUAAACACUUCCAAUUAUGCUCUGGUUGGUAGAGAAUCUGAAUUCUGAAAACUUAAAAUGUAUUACUCAAAAAUGAAAAUAAAAAAGCUUCUUGUUUCAA